AGAAGGUCAGCUGAUCAUUUACUACAGUCCGGCAUCUGCGGCUGACGCAGAAGCUAGCGCGCCACGCCGCUUUCUAUGCUGUGUCACUGAGCGAACCCUCUUCCAGAGAUGGCAGACACACAAAGCCCCCCUCCCCAGCUCGGGCCUGUGCAAUUUUUAAUGAGCAACAAGCUGGAAACUGCAAUGUGGCUUUCUCGUCUCUUCACCGUCUACUGCUCUGUCAUGUUCAUCCUCCCCGUCCUCGGACCCUAUGCAGCAGCUAACUUCUAUCAGAGAGCUCUGUUGGCCAACGCCCUCACCAGCGCUCUGCGCUUACACCAGAGGCUGCCCCGCUUCCAGCUGAGCCGAGCUUUCCUAGCUCAGGCCCUGCAGGAGGACAGCUGCCAUUACCUGCUCUACUCACUCAUCCUGGUCAACUCCUACCCCAUCACAAUGAGCAUCUUUCCCGUUUUUCUUUUUUCUUUGCUUCAUGCAACAACCUACACAAAGAAAGUUCUUGAUUCUUUGGGUCCAGGAAGUCUGAUGUUCAUCAGAAACCUCCUGGAAAAACUGACAGCCAAUCAGCAGAACAUCCUGAAGUUUAUUGCCUGUAAUGAGAUCUUCUUAAUGCCAGCCACAGUUUUCAUGCUCUUCAGUGGUCAAGGAAGCUUGUUGCUGCCCUUCAUUUAUUACCGAUUCCUCACUCUUCGCUACACAUCCAGAAGAAACCCAUACUGCCGAACGUUGUUCACUGAACUCCGAAUUCUUCUGGAGCACUUUGUCAUGAAGCCUGCCUGCCCCGCCUUCUUUAGGAGGAUGUGCCUCAACAGCAUCGCCUUCAUCAGCCGUCUUGCUCCCACAGGAGUCUGAUUUUUACCAACGUCCUGUUAGGUUUUUGUCUUUUAUUGUUGCUACUUUAUGUCCUGGUUUGUUGUUUGCUGUAGAGUUGGGGCAGAUAAUGCCAUCAGUGGAAGAAUCUUCUCUGGAUAUCAGAUUCACAGUCUGAGCUCGAUCAAAGAUCAGCUCUGAUGCUCUCAGUCGCAUGAGGAUAUUUUUCAUCUUCUUGCUACAGAUGGGAAUGUCCAAAUAUCAGCUGUUUUGUUUGCUCCAAUCACUAUUUAUUCCAAGAAAUAGUUUAUUUUAUAAUAAAACAUUAACAGUCUGGACUACUUGAAUAUGUAUGUAAACAUGAUAAAUCUUUAAUUUCUUUUUCUUUCACAUUUGUUUUUUAGUGUUUGUCUUAAUGCUUGACUUCCAGUGAUUUCCAUCAAUUCUAUUUACUCUUUAUUAUACAAACAAAUGUUUGGCUAAUGUUAAUGAUUUUAUCUGAAAACAAUCUGCUGUUUUUGAAAUAAUUUAAGUUGCUCAACUUGUUGGUUUAGGAUGUUUAUUCAAAAUUAUUUUUACAAAGCAUGCCACCGUUUUUGAAUUCUUCCAGAAAACUUGAAUUCUUUUCAUUUCUGAACGUUCCUAGCUCUCCUCCUCAUGCCUACUUUUUUAAACCUGUUAAAUGUGCUUUUGCCUACAGACAUGCCACAUUUUUGUAAAACAAAAAUGAAGUUAUCUCUUUAAUAAACCAGAAGAAAUCUAAGUUAAAACACA